CUCACAGGUCUACACGCCACUGCAGAAACUGCGUUGAAUAUUACAAGGAUGUCCAGAAGUUACUUAUAUAUCCUGGCAAUAUGGUGGACGCAUUCGGCGGAUUCAACAAGUAUUAUUCAGGAGUGUGGUUAUCACCACUAUACCCACGCUUCUACGCUUGAUAAUCAGCUCUUCUUCCACUGGCUGUUGUGGGAGAAGAACUCUACGAAGAAACUUGAAUGUGCCACCUUCUGUUUCCAAGAGAAAACCUGUGUUAGUUUUCAAGUCAACACAGAAGAAUCUGUCUGUCGAGGGUACGCCGUCAGCUUCAACCCUAACUCCACGAGUGACUCGGCUCCAGGAUAUGUUCUGUAUGAAGCAGAAACAGCGGCAGGACAUAUAGGAUCUUCAUGUCAGAGCAACUCCGAGUGCACCGUGCCAGACUCUGUCUGUGUCAACUCGGAGUGCAUGUGUGACCCAGGGCUGUCCUUCUCACCACUGUCAGCGACCUGCAAUGCAACUUGCACCUCUUACGGUCCUCAUUACACUACAGUACGCGGCUACUACAUCGGUCGGAACAACAUGGCUACCUUCUCCAGCGUGACUGAAAAUCGGUGCAGUGACCUCUGUACAAGCGAAACCAGCUUUGUCUGCCGUUCAGCUGAUUGGCUGAGGGAAAGCGGGAGGUGUGACCUCACUUCGGCAACUCUCAAAACUGUGGAUGCAGCGGACUACCGUAUAGUUGAGGAUAGGACAAUCAUCACUCAUUUUGUUAGAGUAUGUGAAAUAUAAUCUCGUUCCAUUUCCACAAACGUGUUCUCUUUAAAAUGUACCAUACUUGGUUCAGUUGAAUGAUUCACAUGGACACUAUCUUGAAUGUAAAAAGGGAAACUUGGUGUCGUUAUGUUUUGUGCAUUAUGUUCAAGGCUGACAGUGAUUUGACCUACAUGUUGACUCGUCACUUGAAAUCUCUGUAAAGGUGUGUCUUUGGGUUAUAUUUAUAAAACAACAACCAAAACAAUUGCCCAUCUACAUUUGGUCAAAUUCAAUACCCAUGGCUUGCAACGUCUGUGUUUCGGCUUUUGCUACAUUUUAUUAUUUGACCUGACUUGGAUACACUUCCCGGAAACUGGGUGGAUUAUAGCAAAGCACAUUUGCUCCAAGCAAUCUGACCAUGUUGUACAGGUAAAGGAUGGAUACUGAUCUAAUGGUAAGGCUUGGUGAAUUGCAUGUCUGGCGAUGCCAUUGUAACCCAACUGCUUUGAUUUAUGCUCAUUUUGUAAUUCCCUUAAUUGUCUGAUCAAGACUCGAAUAUUUGCUGGAAUAUUGCAAACUGUGAUCACAACAACAAAUACGAACCUGAAUUUCGAAACGCAUUUUGGGCUAAAACUAUCCUCACUCAGAUAACU